CUGAAAACGCAGACACAAACGUGUACAACUUGCUUGUAAAAAGAUCAAAGAGAAACAAAAAAAAAAAAAAAAAAACACAAACUUUGUGUUAAAAAAGAAUUUUUCCUUUAAAAAGAAAAAAAAAAUUCCAAUUUUGAUUCAGGAGCAAUCAGAGAGAGAAGCAAGAAAACCCCAUUAAAAUCCUCACCCCACCAUUACUAUUACUCUGCGGAACUCUUAUUUAAAGCCCCCCACCAUUACUGCUACCACUGCCACUGUACUGUGAAAAAAAAUAAUAAUAAUAAUAAAGGAUGUAAAGAAAAAAAAUGAAAUUUUUAUUGGUUAUUUGAUUUUCCUAAUUUAUUUCAAGGGUUACCCAGUUCCUAACAUACCUAAUUUGAGCUCCUUUUUCUUCUAUUUAGGUUCUUUUUUCUUUCUUUUUUUUUUUUUUUUUUUUGGGCCUCUUUCAACCAUAUGUAUUGUUGAAGAAAUUUUUUUUAGGAUUUCAAAUGUCAGGUUUAUACUCUCAGAAUUUAGCAACAGCAAGAGCUCUUUCUCCACAUAUAAGAACCCCACCACCGGAUGUCGAUAGUCAGUACUUGACAGAGCUGUUAGCGGAGUACCAGAAGCUUGGUCCCUUUCAGCAAGUUCUUCCCAUAUGUAGCCGACUUUUGAAUCAAGAGAUAUUAAGAGUUUCUGGAAUGCUACCCAGCCAAGUGCUUAAUGACUAUGACAGACUGCAACGUGGAAGUCCCAGCCCCGUUGCAUCUUCAGACAUAAUGCCGAAUUAUAGAGGAACGGGAUUCAGUAACCGACAUGGCCUGUCUCAUGAUAGACUAAGUGGACAACAAGGGAUGAACAUGGAGUGGCAAACAGCUCCCCCAAGCCCAAGUUCUUAUCUUGUGAAGAGGAUAUUGCGGUUGGAGAUUCCCGUAGAUAGCUAUCCAAAUUUCAAUUUUGUGGGCCGGCUUCUGGGUCCUAGAGGGAAUUCAUUAAAGCGAGUUGAAGCUUCAACAGGUUGUCGUGUGUAUAUUAGAGGAAAAGGUUCUAUAAAAGAUCCAGACAAGGAGGAGUCCUUUAGGGGACGACCAGGGUAUGAGCAUCUAAAUGAUCCCUUACACAUUUUGAUUGAAGCUGAAUUACCAGCAAAUGUAGUUGAUAUGCGGCUGAGACAAGCACAAGAAAUCAUAGAAGAACUCCUCAAACCUGUGGAUGAAUCACAGGACUUCUUUAAGAGGCAACAGUUGAGAGAACUAGCCAUGCUAAAUUCCAAUUUCAGAGAAGAGAGCCCUCGACCGAGUCCAAGUGGUAGUGUCUCGCCUUUGAUCACUUCAAGCGGGCUGAAGCGUGCCAAAACUGGUUUGUAGUUGUUGUUGUUUUCGAUUCAGUCUGAUCUUCGAUGGUUUUAUCGGAUGUGCAGCUUCCACAUUCUUUCCAUAAUAUAUACCCCUCAUUGCGUUGAUCUCCAAUUUGCCUAAUAUAGCUUUGAAGAGAGGGGAGGGGGUGUGGAAUUUACUGGUGAAGCCAGAUGCAGAUUGUCCUUCCAUAACCAUAUAAAAUUUACAGGGGAAAGGGAAAAAAUAACCAAAACAUAUAUAUAUAUAUAUAUAUAUAUAUGGAGAAAAAUAUUCAUUUGUUACAGUUCUUGUGAUUGUAGUGGUUGUGAUUUUAGAAGUAUAUAGUUUCUUUCUUGCUGGACAUUAUUUUGUUAUUGACUUCGCCUUAUCAAUAUAACUAAAUACAUACAUAUUUAUUUCUUCAA